ACAUAAGCAUACAAUAACGACAUCCAUUGGCAUGAACCGGGUGUAAUUUGACCUCAUGCCGUAUCAUAUAUAGCAGCACGACAAGCAGAAGAAUAGUAGGUUGUAAUAGCUGACUGCCGGCAGAAUCGCAUACUACUGCAUAGUGGAUUGCAAAAGAUGCAGCAAAAAGGGUUGCUGUAUUUUACUGUGGCCAUACUUAUUUGUUUUUCUGUGGAUGCCCUUCCAACUGAAAUUUCAAAGAGAGUUGUGGAUGAAGAUAAUGCCAUUAUUAAGAGAGAUGCAACUGAUGGCAUGAGAAAGCACCAGGCAACCAGCAACCAGCAUACUGGGAAAGGACUUGAGCCAGUUCCAGAAACCAUGGAAUACUUCUUUGAAGGUGACAUCGAGUCACCGUUAUCUAACAUUCUUAAGCACUAUAAUUUGAGUGCUAAUGAAAUAAAGGAAUUGGUUCAUGAGCAAGGAGGUCAUUUGGUCAAAGGUCAGUUAGUCGAUGAACAGGAUGUCAGAAAUGAAGAAGGAUACCGAUGGGAGAAUAACGUCGUUCCGUAUAAGAUAAGCGACUCGUUUACACUAAAGCAGAGAAAGGGGAUUUUGAGAGCAAUAGAUAAUUGGUCAGACUCUACAUGCUUGAGGUUUGUUGAACAAUCGACGGAAGAAGAUUAUAUACACUUUAUAAAGGACAAUGGAUGCAGCAGCUAUGUGGGACGAACCGGUGAUAGGCAACGCAUUCGUUUGACUGCUUCAUGCAUCAGGGGAUUUGGUAGCAUUUUGCAUGAAAUUGGACACUCUCUAGGACUGUGGCAUGAGCAGUCCAGACCUGACAGAGACUCUUAUGUGACCGUCCAUCUAGAAAACAUCCUGGAACGUAAAGACUUUAACUUUGACAAGCAAAUUGCAAAAGUGAUUGAUUUCCAAGGUUCUAAGUAUGACUAUGGCUCUAUCAUGCACUACCCCAGCACUGCUUUUGACAAACCUGGUUGCAAAGGUGUGGCUUGCACGACAAUAGAAGUGAACAAUGAUGCGGAAUAUGAGAAGCAAGGCAGGCCUAAGUUAGGACAGAGGGUUAAACUAAGUCCAAGUGAUAUCACUCAGAUAAAUCGCCUCUACAACUGCCCAGCCCCAGGAAGGGAAGGGUAUCUGCUGUUUCACAUACGAGACGGUAAAAAUUUGGAAGAUGGUGAUAACCCAUAUGUGGAGAUUAAAGCGGUAGAUUCAACUGGUCAUGAGUAUGUACAAAACACUCUUUUCAAGAAAGAAACUAAGAAUCCAACUUGGAACGAGUGGCUUCAUUUCAGCAACAGGGAAUGGCAAUUUUUCAGAAUCAGUGUGUGGGAGCACAGUACAACCUCUGCCAAUGAACCCACGACAAUGUCAGUAACAGUACCCCUACUGGAGAAUCCCAGGAAUUCCAUCAACCGUAAAUAUUGUGGCAACAUUCCAUGCAACCAAUAUGUGAUGUAUGACUACAUGCUUCUGAACCCAACUCAUGGUACGCUGAGAGUGAAAGUACGCUCCGCUAAAAAUCUUCCAGAUACUGAUGGGCGUUCAAACCUCCCAGAUCCUUAUGUCAAGAUCGAGGCAAGGAAACCUGAUGACACUACUGUUCCUAUGAAAACAAAUAGCAUUAAAGGUACCGUAAAUCCAACCUGGGACGACUGGCUAGACAUGGGCGGAUGUUCUUUUGUCGCUUUCAGUGUCCAAGUAUGGGAUAAAGACCUGUCCAAUGACGAUAAAAUGUCAGAGCUAGAGUUUAUUGCUGUGUUUGCAGGCUACCACUCAGUCAAGCACUGUGUCACAAGUUCUUGCGACUCUUACCUCUUACUAGACUAUGAGUUGAACGAGGAUGAAACAGAGUGCAGUCCUAACCCGUGUCAUAAUGGAGGGACUUGCAUAGAGGGGUGCGCAAGUUUCACCUGCUCCUGCCACCAUUCAUACACAGGAGAUGAGUGUCAAUAUUGGCAGGGUAGACUCGUCAUCAUGGUUCGUAAUGGCAAGAAUCUACCAGAUGAAGACUGGCAUAGUAACAGCGACCCAUACUUACGGAUAGUAGCACAUGACCAAUAUGGAAAAUCACUCCCGAUGAAGACAAAAACCGAUUGGAAUGAUGAGAAUCCAGAGUGGGAUCAGAGCAUCGAUUUUGGAGUUGGGACAUGGACCAGGUUCACGGUGAGAGUUUGGGAUAAAGAUAAGAUUUGGGGAGAUGAUCCACUCUCUAAAACUCAAACCUGGUAUCUAGAACCGGGCAGAGCUUCUUCAGACACAAAUGUUCGCCUCAAUGCUUAUGAAGGCUACAUCGUAUUUGAUUAUACGUACACUUGAUGAGUGGUUUCUACCUUUGACUAAGAAAUUGACACUGCAUUAUCAUGUAGUAGCUAGCAAAUAAUAUAGUUCUAGUUGUAUUGUUGUGUCAUUAGAGACUUUGUCAAUAUUGACA